AAUUUAUAAGUAUUUAGGUUAUAUGUUAUAAGUAAGUGUUAUUUAUAAUUACUAUCUUUUAAGGGAUCGUUUGGUUUGAAAGCAAGUUAUGCUGGGAUUAGUUAUGGUAGUGUAUUAAUUAUACUGAGAUUAGUUUUGCUGAAAUUAGUUAUUUUAACUGUUUGUUAAUUUUAAAUUGUCAAUUUUACUGUUUUAUCCUGUAAUUAUUAUUCCACAUUUUACAUGUAUAAGUUAUCCGAAUACUAUAUCCGUAAUCUUGGGAUAACUUAUUCAUGAUUAGUAAUCAAACAAAGAGUAAAGCGGUAUUAAAAUUUUAUCACACAAUUAUUUUUACCUAUCGAUCGUACCAAAUUAAUCCAAAGUAAUUUAAUUGUAUAAAUAGUUUUAAACCGUCAGAGCAGAUAUUUGAAGCUCCAUUUAUAACCCAUUGCUCUCUCUUUCCCUAUCUCUCUUCUCAUGUGAGAGAUGUCCAUAAACCAUUGUUCUUCACAACUUACAGAACCAUUCUAGUGUACAACAAAACAACACUAUAUCAUGGAAUCAACAAGAAAAUCCUCAUCUCCAACUUACAAAAACCAAACUACACCUACUUCUCUCUGUCCUAAUAGCAACCGAUUAGAAGAAAAUGAAAUCCCAAAAGAACGUUUGUUUGAGAAACCAUUAACACCAAGCGAUGUAGGGAAGCUCAAUAGAUUAGUCAUCCCAAAACAACACGCCGAAAAACACUUCCCUCUUAACGGGACACAAAAUGACUCGGGCGAAAAGGGAUUUUUACUGAAUUUCGAGGACGAGUUAGGGAAAUUAUGGACUUUUAGAUAUUCAUAUUGGAAUAGUAGUCAAAGUUAUGUAUUAACAAAAGGAUGGAGCCGUUUCGUGAAGGAGAAAAAAUUAGAUGCUGGUGAUUUCGUUUUGUUCGAGCGCCACCGGUUAGACGGCGACCGGACAUUUAUUGGGUGGAGGAGGAGGAACGCCGCCGCUGGAGCCACCGUUUUGGAGCAAGAAAGUGGUAUUGCUCCGCCGGGAGGCGGUGGUGGUGGGUGGGGCCAGGUGUACUACGGUGGGUCUGGGCAUCCUUAUCCGUCGGCAGGUGUUCCAUACCAACCUGACUGUCUUCAUGCAGUAAGAAGAACAAUGCACAACCAAACAGCAGCAAAUGGGAACAACACACGGAGACAAGUAAGAUUGUUUGGGGUGAACCUAGCAGAGUGCGAAGUAGACGAGUCUUUGUGGUCCGAACCAUCGACCUCAGAUGGUUCGUCGACACCGAGCCACCACCAACAGAGUCAUGAGUAUCAGGGUCAAGCUGGCCAGCUACAUUACCAAUAUCAAGUCCAUUGUUCCAAUCCUUCUGCGCCUGCCUCUUCCCAUGCUAAAAAUAACCAUCACAAUAACAUGGAUGUGGAUUACUCGAGAGAUAUGAACCAUAUGAGAUAUCACCAGGGAUAAGAUCUGAGAUGUGACAUAAGUAUUGACUUUUAUGGGCCACUUGGAAUGUCAAAAACAAGCAAAGAAAACUUGAAAAGGGGAAAUCCCAGAUUUUCUGGCAACUUGCUUUCCUGAGAAAAAGGUGGUGUAUAUCAACUUCCACACCUCCCAAUUCCAAUGUCCAGGAACUUUGAAAGAGACAUCAGGGUGUUUGAACGGUGGGGCAUUUGGGCAGUGGAGCAAAGGUGGAUAGAUUAAGAUUGUAGGUGCGUCACCCAAGUACAGAUUGACGUAAGUAAAGACCCAAUUGAAAGAAUAUGAGUUGUUUGUUUUCAAGAAUCUAAAAACUGACAGGUAACAUCCUUUUUUUUUUUACACAUUUCGAUGAUAAUUCAAGGGCAGAAUUCUUUUUGUUCCACAGUACUGUGGUCAAUGUACUGUAUGUAUUGAUGAUUCAUAUGAAAAACUGAUGAAAAGACUCGUCAAUAUAACCUGUGAAACUGUGAGUUCAAUUCUCAAGAAGUCAGUCAAAGUAAAAAUGACAGAAUGCAAGAUCAACAA